CUCCUUUCGGGUCUGCCGCCUCCUCCUCUUUCACUCGCCGAUGUCUGCCUCCGUCCCGCCCGACUUCAUCAACUGCUACACCUUGCCCAUCCACGACACCAUCCUCACCCGCAUCUACGAGGGCUGCGAGAAGGUCCUCCCGGUGUCGGCCCAACUACUGCGCCACUGGCGACCGACCGACCCAGCCCCUCGCAUCGAGUACGACCGCCUCACCUUUUCAGCCGCCAAGGACGCGACAGAGAUCAGCGAGCUGCUCGUUGGCGGACACCACGUCCCAGGUGGACCGUACCAAGUCGGAGCGCUCGAGACUAUCCUGCGGUCGACUGGGUCAGACCCCGGAGUCAAGGUUCGCCACCGGCUGGUGAGCGGUCAAAAGACGGCCGACCUGGACGUCACGCCGUCCAGUGGCACGGCGCACCGCUGGGAUGUCAAGCAAGUCGGGUGGCCGUUUAGGUGGACGGGCGACCCGACCACAAACGGGAUGCCUGACGGGUGGUGGGGCCUCGCAUGCGAGUUUAAACUCGGAAUGACGAACGCCCAGGUCAAUCUUGCCAGAACCCCAGGUGGGGGGCAGAAGCUCGAGGCACUCCUCGCCACCAUCGGAGGUUGCACAGACGGCUACACCCGAUUCGUGCAGUUCCAUAUGCCCUGUGUGAGGUUUGCCGCACAGGCCCGCGGGGAGGAGCAGGCGGUGUACAGUCUGACGCCGAGUGGCUCGUUUAAAGGGAUCCGUCCGGGGGUGUGCGUUACGGCAUGCUUCGAGUGCAGCGAGCUCGAGUGGGUCGAUGACCAAGGCGUUGCAACUCAGGCAAUGGGAGAAAGCAGAGGGCACUCAAGCGACCAGCUCGAGCCGCCUCCGCAAUCUGCCGAGCUGCUGCGCACAAUCGCGGGCAAGGUGGUCAUCGCAACCAAAAAGGACCCGGACGACGAGGAUCUGAAGCCGGCGAAGCCGGAGCCUGUGCCCGAAUUAUGCGAUGCAGUGAUUCGGCGUUUGUGCCAGGGGACCGGCACACGUGCCCGGGUAACGGUGGCUCCGGGUGUUAAACGGAGAACCGGUCCCUUCCCCCAUCCGGGGAGGGCCAUCGCCCGAGGGGCGGCCACCUUUUCAGUGUAGAUCAGGUAUGUAUGAAAAUGUAAGGUAAGGUAACUUGUA